AUCCCUUCAGGUUACUUGCUUCUCAGUAGCAGCGAAGGCAAAGCAAGAGAGAAGGAUGAGGCUUAAAUGCUAAUGCUUGUAUUUUUUCUCUUUUUAAUAUAUCUUUUUAGGUCUGAGGUGCAUUGAGAGCAUUGUACUUUAAGAAACGUGAUGAUUGACGACUUCGAAACCCCUGCGGUCCGAUCUAGUGGAGAUCUGUGGACUGAGAUCUGCUCCAGUCUGCCAGAGCCUCAGGAACAGGAUGGUGGACAAUUUACAGACUCAUUUGAGCCUUCCUCUCCAGGAAACCCUCAGACAAACUCUCCCAGAGCUACUUUCAGCCCCUGGGAACCCAUGGCUGACUCUGAGGUUUACCUGGCCAGUUUAGAAAAUCGAUUGAAGAGGAUCAAGGGACAAUCGAAUGACAUAACAUCAAGGGAAAUGCUCCGUUCCUUGUCCCAGGCUAAAAAGGAAUGCUGGGAUAGAUUCCUUCAUGAUGCCCAAGCCUCAGAACUGUUCCAGGAAGGGAGCUUCGAUCAGAGUGCUUUGGAGCAGUUCAAGCGCUGGCUGUCUCCUGAAAGGGUGGCCAUCAAUGCAGAAGAGCUGGAGUACCUUCUCUUGCCCGCACAGAACAGCGAGGCUCCUGCCAGCUCAACCCAAACUGACAAGCCAAGUGAGGAGGAAGAGUGCCCAAGCCCAGAGAAAUAACCUCAUCACAGCAAUAACCUGUUUGCUGUACUGACCAGCAGUGCUAGGAGAAUUAAGAGUAUAUGGGGUCUUGUUGUGGACAGCAACUAAAUAUUGUGAUCCACGUUUUUCAUACUGCAAGUGAACUAGUCCUUUAAUGAGAUCAUUUGAAUCACAUUUAAAUCAAGGUGUCUUUGGUUGUGCUUGCCUCUCAAUCCUCAUAUUUGUAGAACUGAGAGAAAUACAUGUGAAUUAAAAAAUAAAAUCUAUCUCUUUGAGAUUUUUUUACUUGCCAGGUAGCAUGCUCUGCAAAAGCAGAAAUCUGAUUUGUUGAGAGAAGUACAAGCAUAAUCUGAACAAAGUCCAAACUUGACUACGUUAUCAUGGACCAUUCAACGUGUGUAUUUUCAACUGAAUUGAAUUAUUUACUAUUGAAUUCAAAUUGAUUUUUGUUGUUGUUGUUGCUACUCCUUUCAUGUUCUAUUAUUAUGCACUAAUUCAAACAUACACAAACAAUACAUUUAUAAACAUUUUUUUCAUGCAUAUAUGAAAUGAUAAUCUAAUGUGUCAUACAUGUGAACAUUCCUCUGAAUUCAAACAUGUAGGUCAGUGCAGUGGAAUAGACGACCACGAAAUUAAACAUUAGUAGAGAAUUUUAAUUGUAAUGUGCCUAUUGUCUCUAAACAUGUUACUACACUUUAUUCUGAAAAGACAAUAAAAGCUAUGAAAUAACCAUAA